CACAUUACUUCGUAAGUGGCGCACGCAUCAUGCAUGCUCCGCCUCGGGACGGGAAGUCUAGAUUAUGCCGUCUGCUCCAAAGAGACGACGCAUACAGCAAGGCUGAAGUGCAGCCUUGCGCACGUAAAGUCGUUAUCCUUCGCUGAAGACUGCCAUGAAACGUCUAAACACUGCCACCAAAAUACUCGCAAGAGCCUGGGGAGUGGAACGAUACUAAACUCGAGUAGGUUAUCUCUUACACAGUAGCGUCCAGAUCGGUCGGCAAGGUAGGGAACGAGUGUAGCAGUCGCCCUCCAGGAUACGCCA